AUGAAUAAGAAAGUGUGCCAAAAAUUCGAGAAUGUAUGGGAGAAUUUUCCCGAUACAUUGACCAAUGAUAAAUAUAAUGAAUUUGGAAAUAGUAAUAUUUUAAAUAGUUAUUGUGAUAAUAAUCAAUGUGAUACUGAUAUCAAAAAAAUUAGUGCUGGAUUUUUUUAUUUGCUUAGUGGAUUUUUUGGGGAUUCUAAUUCGUUUAACUUUGACGAAAAAAGUAAAAACGAUGUUUUUUAUUACAUUAUAAUAUGGAUAAGUUAUAUGUUAAACCUAAAAGAAAAUGAAUUAAACAACAGUCUACAAUAUUUUUAUAAUGUAGAUAUAUCAAGUCAACAUAAAUAUACAAAUCCUAUAGCUGGUUUUAAGGAGUAUAAUAGUUAUAAGGAUCUUUUAGAUAAAAAAAAAAUUGUGAAUAUGGAUAUUAAAUCUAUAUCUAAAUUUUAUGAUGCAUUUAAAUCAUUAUGUAACAUGUAUACUAAAUUUAAUGAUAGCACGUCAGAUUGUACAAAAUGUUUGAAUGAUGCUAAAGAAUUUGCUAAAAAAUAUAAAGAACUUAAUGAUGAUUCUAGUAUUACUAAUGAUAGUUCCUAUAAUAAACUAUUGUGUACUUUAUCAAAUGAUUAUGAUAAUUUUAAAAAGAAAUGCAAAGACAAUUCAUCCUUUCCAGAGAUAAACAAACCAAAUAUUACUCCAAAAUGUCCUGAACAAAAUUUAAGUUCUGCAGUAAUUUCUGAAGAUGUGGCAUCAAGUUCAUCGAUAGCAAACAAAUUAUUUACAGUUUUAUCGAUAUUUGGUGCAAUAGCAUUUUUUUUAGGAAUUUCUUAUAAGUAUUCGUUAUUUGGAUUUCGGAAACGAUUUCAAAAACAAAAAUUAAGAGAAAAAAUAAAAAAAAUAAAGAAGAAAAUGAAUCAUUAA